CUCAGCUCAAGGACGCACGACCUGCGGUAAAGGUCCUCCUGCUCCUCCCCCUCCUCUCACCCCCCCUUGGCUGGGGGGCGCCGCGCCAUGUGUCGCGGCACGGGCGCCGUCGCGCUGGCGGAGGCGCUGCACGCCGUCGUCGCGGCGCCUGUGCGGUCGGCGCGGGCGGUUGAGCUCGCUGCUAGGGGCGGCUGCGGCCCGCUGGAGACGGCGUGGCCCUGGGCUGGCCGCCCUCGCGGCCGGCACUUGUGGGUGGCGUUCGCAGAUGCGCAGCCCGCGAGUUCUGGCGAGGCCGCGCCCGAAGGCGCGUCCGCCGCGCCUGGCAGUGCCGCCGCCGCGAGGGUGGGCGGCUCCAAGGGCAGUGGCGCCGCAGGGGCUGACGCGGGGGACGGCGGCGGCGACGACGACGACGCGGACGACGAGGACGCCGACGAGGGCGCGGACCAGGACGACGCGACCGCGAGCCAGGCCGUCGCAGUGGCCAAGCAGGUCGUGGAGGCCUCGAAGAAGGUCGACGCGGAGUCCUCCGCGUCCGGGGCCCGGCUCUCCGAG